AUGAGCGCAUGUAAGCCCUACGACGAUGUUGCCUGGGCAAUAAACUCCCAGAUAUGGGAGGACUGGCCAGAACUUCUUCGCACCGAUGGAGACAUCUACAAUGACAUCGGAGUCAUUCUUUCUGAAGAAUUCAGCGAUCUUGAAUGCGACCUGUUCGAUUUCCUCAACACAGGUGGUUUUAAUACCUGCUUCAAGAUGAGUUUCACCAAUGAUUUUGGUGCUGUUAUACGGUUCCCAAUGCCCGGCGCUAUCAUGUUUCCCGAAGAAAAAGUCCGCAAUGAGGUUUCUGUCAUGCAAUCUCUCUUGGACAAAACUUCAGAUAAAAUCCCAAUCCCAGUGCCUUCUAUCUUUCGCUGGACAGAGGCAAAAGAGAGUCACUCGAAACUAGGUCCUUUCAUCAUCAUGAAUUAUAUCCCCCACGAGGGAAGUAUGGGUGAUCUUCUUGAGAAACCAGGACGCCAAGUAGGAGAACGGUCAGUCCUUAAUCCAGAACUUAAGCCGAUCAGGCUAGAAGUUCUCUAUGGAAAACUAGCCAGCAUAGUCCUUUCGCUGUCUACACUUUCUUUCGGCCGGAUAGGAUCACUCGACAAGAAUGACAAUUCUACGUGGGAAGUGUUACAUCGACCUCUGUCUUAUUCUAUGAACGAAAUUGUGCAACUGGGCACGCUACCCCGAUCGAAGUUACCGCCCACCACUUAUGAUAAAGCGUCGUCGUAUUUUGAAGCCCUGGCGGAGCUACACAUUUCACAUCUCAUAAGCCAAAGGAACGAGGCAGAUGUCUUAGCGUAUAUCCCAACAGAUGUCUUGGCAGAUGACUUCCGGCGCAAAUUUGUGGCUAGAUUUCUCUUCCGGACACUUAUUAGAGACCAGGAGCAGAGAAAGCAAUGGAUAUUAUAUGAUGAUGGCCCAUUUCCAGUUUGGUGUGACGAUUUUCGACCAGAGAACGUUCUAGUUGAUGAAGCUGAAAGCAUCACUGGGGUGGUGGAUUGGGAGUUUACAUAUACCGCCCCAGCCGAAUUUUCUUAUACGCCGCCUUGGUGGCUUCUUCUCCAAAAACCAGAAGAUUGGCCUAAUGGCCUUGAUGACUGGUGUACAGAGUAUGAGAAACAUCUCCAGACCUUUCUUGGAGCAAUGCGGCAAGUCGAAGACGAGGCAAUCCAAAACAAACGGCUAGUAGAAGGCCAGCGGCUAUCUAGUCGGAUGCGGGACAGUUGGCAGAGCGGAGAUUUUUGGGUCAUGUACGCUGCAAGGAACAAUUUUGCCUUUGAUGCGAUCUAUUGGAAAAAGAUCGAUCGGCGAUUCUUCGGAACCACCACAUAUGAAGACGACAAUAUUUGCGAUGUAUGGCGGAAGAGACUUCAUCUCUUAGAACCAGAAGAGAUAGAGCUCAUGGAGAAAUAUGUGGAUCUAAAGCUCAAAGAGAGGAACACAGGUCUUUUCGCUUGGGAUCCUAAUGAGUACACGGUGGAAUGGAUCAAGAGGAUGAAAGUGAUAAGGAAGAUCAAGGAAAUGAAGGAUAACAUGUAUACGGUGGUGAUAGAGUGGGAGGGAGAGCUACAGAGCAUGGUAGAAAUGAAAAGGAAGGUGACAAAGAGAAUCGAGGAGAUGAAGGGGGAAAUGGAGAGGAUGGAGAUAGAGUGGAAAGGGGAGAUAAAAGACAUGAAGGAGAUGGAGAAGAAGGAAGAGGUACAGGAGAUGAGGGAGAUGAAGAGGAGGAAGGCGAUGGAGUGGGAGGAGAUAAAGAGGAAGAUGGAGGAAAUUGAAUUGCUUCCUUAG